CCAAGGGACCGUCGCCGUCUCGUCGCCUCAGCGUCGCUGUCUGGGCCCAGCCCGCGCUGCCGCCCGCCUUACCUUCCGUCCCUGUUCGGGCCUGCUGGAUGUUCAUUUUAAAGAUUCUGUGAGGAUGAAAAGGGAUCUCUUAUGGCUUUAUGAAAUAUAGAGCAAUACUGUCUGACAUGACGGCAAAAAAUGUUGGUGUGACUUCCACAAAUGGAGACUUGAAAGGAUUUAUAGAUCAGAACCAGAGUCCAACAAAAGGUAAUAUUUCAGUAAUCACAUUGCCAGUUUCCAGCACCAACUCUCCCACUAAGAUUUUGCCAAAAACCUUGGGACCAAUCAAUGUGAAUGUUGGACCCCAGAUGAUCAUAAGCACCCCCCAAAGACUGGCCAGCUCAGGGAGUGUUCUGAUCGGGAGUCCGUACACCCCAGCUCCAACCAUGGUCACACAGACACACAUCACAGAGGCGUCUGCCUGGGGCCCAGGGGAGCGAAAACGGACUCAAGAAAUUAUAGAGUCAGAUUUUUCAGAAAGUAAGAGAAGCAAGAAAGGAGAUAAAAAUGGGAAGGGUCUGAGGCAUUUUUCAAUGAAAGUUUGUGAAAAAGUUCAACGUAAAGGAACAACUUCAUACAAUGAAGUCGCUGACGAGCUGGUAUCAGAAUUCACAAAUUCUAACAGCCACCUAGCAACAGAUUCACAGGCUUAUGAUCAGAAGAACAUUAGACGGAGAGUUUACGAUGCGCUCAAUGUCCUGAUGGCAAUGAACAUCAUUUCAAAGGAGAAGAAGGAAAUCCGAUGGAUCGGCCUUCCCACAAACUCAGCUCAGGAGUGUCAGAAUCUAGAGAUAGAAAAGCAGAAGCGGAUUGAAAGGAUAAAACAGAAGCGAGCCCAACUGCAAGAACUGCUACUGCAGCAAAUAGCAUUUAAAAACUUGGUACAAAGAAAUCAGCAAAAUGAACAGCAAAAUCAAGGCCCUCCAUCUUUGACCUCCACAAUACAGCUGCCUUUCUUAAUAGUCAACACUAGCAAAAGAACAAUUAUAGACUGCAGCAUAUCAAGUGAUAAAUUUGAAUACCUCUUUAAUUUCGAUAAUACUUUUGAGAUUCAUGAUGACAGCGAGGUGCUGAAGAGAAUGGGAAUGUCCUUUGGGCUCGAAGCAGGCAAAUGCUCAGCUGAGGACCUGAGAACUGCAAAAUCACUGGUGCCAAAAGCUUUGGAAGGCUACAUCACAGAUAUGUCUGCGGGAUUUUCAUGGGUAAACCAAGGGUUAAUUUCAAGUUCAGCACAAGCAGUUUCCCAUUUUGAGGCAGCUGGAAGCACAUAUGAUGCUAAAUCAAGUGAGAAUGCAGGGCUGUGUUUGGAUGCUGAAGUGGCCUUAGCAACGGGGCAGCUGCUUGCCCCUAGCAGUCAGCAGUCCAGCAGCGCAGCGUCCCGGGGGGAGACGCCCUGCUCCUUCAAUGAGGAGGAUGAAGAGGAUGAAGAUGAGGAUUCUUCCUCCCCAGAAUGAGGACAGGAAUAUACAAAAUGCUGCUCAAAUAUUCUUAAUGGGAGUUCCUGUUUGGAUUUUACUGGUUUCUUGCCUUGGUUUGCACUGUGUUUGGUGAACCAAAAUGGAAGCUUCAAAACAAGUUUAUCCAUAGCUGAAAUUGAAGAAUUGUGUAACUGAACACAGAGUGACAUGCAGAGACAGAGCAAAGUGGGUUUUAUAAACUAUAAAUGAGGAAAAGAACAAAGUCCCUGGAGAUUUGGCAAAGUAAACCUUAAGAUCAUCUUUUCCAUUUUGGGACUCGAGUAUCUGUCUUCCCCUUGUCUUUUUCAGAUGGAGGAGAAAACAGUCAGUCAGUAAAAGCUGAUUCUUGUAUUGUCUUUUGGCUGUUCUGCCUUUAGAAAAAGGGGGAGAGAGCACACACAAAUGUGCUAAAAUCAUUAUUUAAAACUAUCUUGUAUGAAAGUGGUUAUAGGGAAAAGGGACUGUUAAAAUGUUUGCUUUUUUUCUGUUCAACUUGCUGUACAGAAGAUUCUUAAAGUAAUAUAAAUUGCAAGUGAUUAAAUGAAUCUUGAAAUAGUUUAUAUCCAUUUUAGAUACUCUAAAAGUAACAGAAAGCAUUAGUAUAAAAGGUUCAUAUGUUCAUUUAUAUUGCAGGCCUAAUUUAUUUUAAGUGAUUAUUCUUAGCCAUUAUUAAAACAGUCAGAAAAAAAACAGUAUUCUCUGCACCAGCUUUUUUCAAGGAAAAUAAGUUAAAAAAUUGUAUUUCUAGAUUACAGCGUAUUCAGUGUAGCUUCUCCUUUAUUGUUCUAACUUUAUAUAAUCCCUUUGAUAUUAGA